CAACAGCAGCUGCCCUGCACGGCAUUCGAAGUUUUUUCCACAGAAAUAUCAUACGCAACGUAUGUAAACCGAGCCGUUUUCGAAACAACACGCCGAGUAAAGCAAUCGCAAAGUACGGCUGUGUUUUCUGUACAUAUAUAUCGCUGCUGACAGAACGGUAGCGCGCUGGAUUAUUAACCACCGUCUUUGCAUUUAUAUAUACGAUAUUUAACUGCCGUUUUCUUAUACAUCGCUGCCUUAUAUACGCGUGGCUUUAUGAUUAAUAAAUCAUCCAGUGUCCGCUAUGCAGGAUACGCAUUAUCCUUAUCGCGCCACUCAUCCCGAUAAGCCGCCGCGCUUCCUCUACCUGCACACGCUGCCAGUGAAAAGCAAGCUGCUUCUGCACUUGUCUUGAAGUGUGCGCAGCCUUGCUUAUGCAAUAUUUUAUCAUCUAUAGCUGCAGCUGUUUUUGAUCUAUAUAUCUGUGAUCCAUAAAUAUAUAUACAUUUUAUCGGAUAUAUAUACAAUCCCUGCGGAAUUAUAUAUAUUUUUAUUUGGUUGUUAUUCUCGAUCGGAAUUAUAUAUUAUACGCGCAUUGCUGCUCCCACUUAUGCUACACCGCUUGUGCCCUCUCACCGUGUCAGACUAGAUACUUAGCUGAUAAUGUCGACGUCGACGAGUCGGGAGAACAUCCGUCUGUCGACGGUGUCGCCGGCGCGCGCCUCGGGGUCGAUGGGGCGGGCCAGCACCUCCCACCUGGGGGUCAACGGGCCUCCUGUAUCAGGCGCGGUGUCCAACCCGGCCUACGAGACGGCGGACCCCCUGGACGCCCUGGACCAGAAGCACCGCAAGCCCUCGGCGGUGUCCAGCUCGCAGCGCAUCCACCGCGUCAGCUCGCUGGGUGCCCCCACCAGCCACCCUACCCAGCUCUACGGCGGCAGCAUCAAUGCCGCCUUCGAGACCGUGGACGAUCUGGAUGAUCUCGACCGCAAGUACCGCAAGGCCAGUAUGGCGCAGCGGGGCAGCGGUCACCUGCAGCCGGCGGUGGAGGACGCCAAGGACGACGAGCAGGAAGCCAAAGACAAGUAUUACUUCAAGAAGCGCUGUCCCACAUCCACCAAAGUGCUGCUGACACUGGCCGUGCUCUUCUUCCUGUCGACGGAAGUGAUGGUCUCCGUCUAUCUGUGGGAAGUCUAUCGAGAACCGCCGCCGCAAGUCUGUCACUCGGAGCCGUGUAUCGCUGCAGGGAAAUUGUUAACGGGUUCAAUCAACUACAGCGUGGAUCCGUGCGAGGAUUUUUUCCGGCACGCCUGCGGUAAUUUCCAGCUGAAGGAGGCCUUCGGCAACCGCUACCAGGACAUGGAGGAUCUCGUCAACGACGAGCUGGUGCUGCGCAUGAACUCCAUCCUCACCGACCCGCGAAUGCUGUCCAACACAUCCGAGGUCCACAAACUCAAAGCGGCACAGUUCCAUCAGCUGUGCAUGGACUACAACCACACGGACUUCCGGUUGCGUCUCGUGGAAGUGCUGCAGCGUCUGCAGUGGCCGCCUCUAAUCGCCGCCAACGAGUCGGCCGACAACACCGACUACGAUGAGUUCCUGCAGGAGCUGCACCAGCACGGCCUCAAGGGCUACUUCGAGGUGGAACGCCUCCCGGUGACGGCCGCCUCCUCCAACCAGCCGCUCUGGCUAAUCCGCGAGGGUGACCUUCCCUUGCCGCGCCAUUUCUACCGGGAUGAGCGCAAAAUGCAGGAGUACCAGACUUUCAUUGGGACGAUUAUCCGGCUGGUUCUGACGCAAGCCGGCUUCACGCUGGACAAGAACCCCGUCGUCCCGGAUUUUUGGAAGGAGGACGUGCAGAAGAUUGUCCAGUUUGAGACCAAUCUGACGCAGAUCAGCCGGGAGCAGAUGAUCUACCGGCUGUCGGUGCGGGACUUCAACACGCAGUACCCGCACAUUGCGCGCUACUACAACUUCUCCGACUACCUGCACGAACUGCAGGAGGCCGUCAACCUCAACCGCAGUCACCACCGCCACAUCGACAUCGACACCACCGUCACCAGCCUCCUCGAGCACGACAUGAUCGCCAUGAAGAACCGCGACUACUUCCAAGGGCUAGACGAACUCCUCAAGCAGUCCGACGCCAGGGACCAAGCGGUGUACCUGGGCUGGAAGCUGCUGUACCAGUACCUGGCGUUUCUGGAGGAGGAGCCGGAUCUGUGGGCGCCCAUCCAGCGCUUCUGGAAGGUCUUCGGCGUGCAGUCGCUGGUGCGCUGGAAGAAGUGCACUGUUACCGCCUUCCGGGUGCUGCCGGACAGCGGUCUGCAGAUCUACGCUGACCGCUUCUUCUCGCCGGAUCACACUGCCAAGGCCGAUUCACUACUGGACAAACUCACACAAACGGCCUCCGAGCUGGUCAACACGCAAGGCUGGAUUGACGAGGAAGACCAGCAGUAUGCGACGACGAAAUUCUCUAAAUUAAAGCGGCAAUUACCGUAUUCCCGCGAACUGUACAACCGCACGCUGACGGGCCUCAUGUACAACCCGAUCAAGAUCGACACCGGCUCCUUCUUCAACACCCUGCGCAACUUCCAGAAGGCCCGCGAGUCCUUCUUCCUGCGCGGUGACCUCGGCUCCAACGCCACACGCUUCACCAAUAUGUUCCGCUUCGCCGGCGGUACCGACUACCAUCUGUUGUCGCCGCAGAACAGUCUCAUCGGCGUUUUCCCCAAGAAUCUGGCCUCACCGUUCUAUGACUUCUCCUAUCCGGGAUUCGCACAGUAUGCCACUCUGGGGUUCACAUACGCGCGCCAACUGGCCCACGUUGUCGACUACGAAUGGUUUAUGCUGAAUAAGACCGGCAUCGAGAGCUACCGGCCCAAGAACCGCACCCUGGACAAUUAUCGCGAACGGCAGGGCUAUUUGCUGGAAUUCUACCGGAAUAUCUCGCAGGAACUGGGCGAUCCGAGUGACGACGAUACGCUGUACGAGGAUAUCGCCGACCAGGCCGGAUUGCGUAUUGCCUACCGGGCGUAUCAGAAAACCAUCAAAGAUACCCAUGACCAGUUAUUUCCCGGGAUACUCUACGGCGAACAGGGCCGCAGUUUCAACCAGAUGUUCUUCUUAUACUUCGCUCAGGUUUUCUGCGAGAACCACACGCCGCUGCGCGUGAAGAACCCCGCGAAGGCGGGCUUCAGUGAGCCGCGCACCCGGCUGAUGGCGAUGGUGCGCAACUCGGAGGAGUUCGUCACGACGUUCCAGUGCGCGCCGGUGAAGGCCGUCACCGGCACCAACAUCUACGACAUCCCCAAUCCGCCGCGCAAACUCAGGUACCAGAAGGACAUCACGGCCAAGCGCAUCGACGAGUGGUACCACUGGUUCGACCGCAAACCGGGCCUCCCCACCUGGAACAAGGCCAGCCCCACGUAGCCGCGCUACCACGGGCGGAACUGGAUUUUGUGACUGCUACGGUGUGAUACAGACGCAGCUGGACAAUCUACUGUAUAGUAAUUAUAGUGCAAUUUAGCAUCCAUUACGUUUUCCGGCGUGUAUGUGCGGGAAGCGCGGCCGGUCGUUGUAUUAAGUUGUUAGCAAUGUUUAACCGUGUUGGUUGUUUUUCUUGGUUGCGCUUCCUUAUUUUACCGUGUGAUAAUAUGUAUUUUACAGCACAAGAUACUGCGAACUAAAGAGCAAAACGUAAGCGCCGUUAA